AUGGCGCGGUACAUCAAAUCGCAUUGGGCCUGGAUAGAGCAGAUUGACUACCAUGUCAAAGUCCGCGGAUGGACCGAUGAUGUUGCAUCUCAUAUUGCCCUGGCAAAGGUGCAGGGCGGUCAUAUGCUGGAACUCGCGUGCCGUGAGGUCCAGCAGUUCUUGGGGGAGCCGGAUAUCAGCGUGGGGGAGUUGGCGGUGAUGUGGAACAGCUCAGUCGCGAUCUACGGGGUCAUGGUUGUCGGCGGUGGUAGCGAGGAGAUUAUCACCGAUCUGGCUAUUAACCAGGAGGAACGGCUUACGAAACGGUUGAGGGAGCUGGCAAAGAAAGCUAAAGCUCAGGCUGCUCAGCCCAAUGCUAAGCUAUGA